CGUCCCUUUAGUCGUUAAUCACUUUGUAAAAUGUCUGCGCCCAUCGAUUUAUUUCAUAAUUACUUCAUUUGUUGCUGAAAUGGUCCUGUGACAGCUUAUUUUGUGGAAGGUUUUGAAUAGUUUUGGAAGGUGCAGAAUGUCACUCAUUCAGAAAGCAGCACUCUUAUGCAGACCUGUUUGUGAAUUGUGUGGAAAGGAAAGAUCAUUCUCAACAAAAACAAAGCUGUUUAACAAAAUCACUGUUUGUGUUGAAGGCAAUAUUGGAUGUGGAAAAACUACAUUUUUAAAGCAAUUUCAGAAAUUUGACAAACUAGUUGAGACCAAUGGCGAGCCUGUACAGCGAUGGAGAGAUUUUGGUGGACAAAAUCCGCUGGCACACCUGUAUGCCGAUCCAGCACGCUGGGCAUUGUCAUUCCAAUCUCUUGUUUUACUGACAUUGUUAGAGCGUCACACACAACCACAGGUAAAACCUGUGAGGAUGUUGGAAAGGUCAAUUUACAGUGCCAGGUACUGCUUUACUGAAAAUUUAAAACAGGGGGGACUGUUGUCAGAUAUAGAGUAUAUCAUACUUACCCAGUGGUUUGAUUACGUGACAAGUCGCAAUGAUGUUACAGUGGAUCUAGUAGUUUAUCUACGGACAUCUCCAGAGCUGUGCUACGAGAGAAUUAAAGCAAGAAAUAGAUAUGAAGAACAGAAAGUUUCCAUGGACUAUCUUCAAAAGCUGCAUGAUCUGCAUGAAAAAUGGUUACUGGACACUGAAAACACAUCUGUGAUACGACCUCCUGUGCUCGUUGUGAAUGGUGACAACGACAUACAGACCAUCAAGAAUAGACUGCACAGUAUUCAAGCACAGAUAUUCUCAUAUCUAAAACAGCCUGUUUAUAGAUGAUUGACUGACUCCACAAUUUUUGGUUGUGAUAUAAACGUAAAACCAUUCUCCACAGAAUGGCUUUAACUAUGAAUGUAUGACCGUCCUAUAGACUAGUAUUUUCUUACAGGGUGUUCUCUAUGUUUAUGUAUUUUCAAAGAUUUUAGUUGUCUUCAAGUUUUAAAAACAUUAUUUAGUCAGUCUUGGUGUUUAGAAAGUUUAGAGCAAUGCAUUUACAUGUAUAUAUAGAUACUUGGUCUUAUUUUGUCAUAAUGUAAUGUUAAGUGUAUUGAUGUAUUUUUUUUUCUGCUUUGCUUUUCAGUAUACCUUUUGUGUUCUUUUUUCUAAAGAAAUCCACUCUUGCAUUGAUUUACUGCCACAGUAUGAUUUCGGGACCUCUGUGUUUGAGUAGGUUAAAGUCACAACUUCAAACCAUUUGCUCCUCGUUUAUGGAAGAUCAGAGGUUUUACCCAUGUACCUGCCACAGCCUGAAAUAAUUCAUGUAAGGUUUUCCUCCAUUACAAAAAGCUGGGACCUAAAUUGCGUCGGCAAGACUCUUACUCUCCACCCCUUCAAAAAUGCCAUAUUAUUAGUAGGUGGGAAAACAUGUGUCACAGCAUUUCUGUGUUUGAAGAAAUGAAAAUCCGAAAUGUGUUUUUUCUUUCUUGUGUUCUCUAAAGCUAUUUUAUUUCUAAUACAGAAAGUCAGUAAAUGUCUAUAUAUGAGCCGCAUGUAUCCAGACCAGCCUGCGCAGAUGCGCAGGCAAGUCUGGAUCCAUGCUGGCCACAAACGCACUACUAGUAUGUUGGUUUUUUCAUGGUGCGCGUCAAUAUAAAGUUGUUAUGAUUCUGUAUAAAUACAUACUGUUCGCCCGCCCGCUUAGCUCAGUAGGUAAGAGCGUUGGUCUACGGAUUGCGAGGUCGCGAGUUCGAUCCUUAGGUAGGGCGUUUGUUCUCCAUGACUAUUUGAUAAACAACAUUGUGUCUGAAAUCAUUAGUCCUCCACCUCUGAUUCAUAUGGGAAAGUUGGCAUUUACUUGCGGAGAACAGGUUUGUACUGGUACAGAAUCCAGGAACACUGGUAAGGUUAACUGCCCGCCGUUACAUGACUGAAGUACUGUUGAAAAACGGCCUUAAACCCAAAACAAACAAACAAACAUACUGUUCACAUGAAUGUACAUAAGUAUUCUUGUGUUUUGUUCUACAGAGGCAUUAAACAUUUUAUUUUUUGUUUCAUUUUGUUUAUAUUGCUUGUUGUUGUCUCAGAAAUUUCAUUUCUAGUGAAACUUGACCUGUCUUUGUCACAGCUCUGUAGAAAUAAGUUUAGAUAAAACUUGAUGAGGGACACACAUAAUGGUUACUGUAUUUUUGCUAUUUUCAGAAUGUUGUUUUUCCUAUUCAUGUAUGAUACUUUUCAAAAUAUUCUACCUCUGCAAAGAGAAUAUAUGGUAAAUACCGGUACAAAAGCAAUCAUAUUGAUAUUGCAUAAAAUAGUGUUCACUAUUCCACUGAUGAGUAUGCUAUUUUUUUCUAUAGUAUGUUAUCUAAGCAUUUGUUCUUAGUUAUAAAUACAACGUGAAGAUAUGAAAUAAAUACUUCAAUGUACUGUUAUGAAAUGCUA